UGCUGCGGUGGGAGGACUUCCGGUUGUGUUUGUGUCUGCGCAUGCGCGGACCCGUCGGCAGCAUCUUUUCAUCCCAUCUUUUGUUUGCUCAAAUUUAAGCAACGAGCUCGAGCGCACGUAAAGGAAAACACAGCGGUUUCUCUCAACAUGACAUCACGUGUAGGUCCGAGACCUGCUGGGACCAAUGGAAGUGAAUUUAAACUCAGAGAAAGGGGGACGCCACCCUACCAGAUGAGUGCUUCCCUUAAGUCAGAGGUGCGGAAGUUAAACUUGGUCCACCUUCUGAUCUGGCUGCUGGUUGCUGCUCAGGUGGUCGUCAGCCACUUCAACCUGGUGUCACACGACAUAGUGUCCAUGCCGUACCAGUGGGAGUACCCCUACCUGCUCAGCCUCCUCCCUCUGGUCGGCAGCAGUCUGUCACUUCCAAAGAACAAUAUCAGUUACCUGGUCUUGUCCAUGAUUAGCGCAGGGCUGUUCACUAUGGCACCUCUUAUUUAUGGUGGAAUGGAGAUGUUUCCUGUCGCGCAGCAGCUCUACCGCCACGGAAAGGCCUACCGCUUCAUUUUCGGUUUCUCCGCAGUGACUGUUAUGUACCUCAUCAUGGUGGUUGCUGUUCAAGUGCACGCCUGGCAGCUGUAUUACAUGAAAAAGCUGCUAGACUCAUGGUUCGAUGCCACAGAGGAGAAGAAGAAGAAAUAGUGGAGCGAUGAAAGUUGUGACUGGGCAAAACUGUGUUUUCAUCUUAAUUUAUAAAUCAGUUAUGAGACUUAUUUAGUCAUAAAUAUCAUAGAACAUAUAUUAUAAACCAGUGUUUUCUCACAAAGAUGCAAAAUAGAGCUAAAUUUACAAUUUAUGCUGGAAUUUAUUUAUUUGUUUAUUUAUUUGUUUAUUUAUUGUCAUUUAUUGAUAAGUGUAAUUUGAACUCAACCAUCCUUGCACACUCUACAUCACUGGGUCUGGACUGCUACUUUAAUUCAAAUUAAAGUAGCAGUGGUCAUUUAGGAGCAGGACUCAUUCUCUUUAAAUUGUUGUCAUGGUUUGAAGAGAAUGGAUGUAGAGGUGUACACAACAAAGGGAAGGCAUUAACUGUUUCAACCCACAUACAUUCCUGGGCAAAGAUCUCAAGCACUUUUCAAGUUUAGCUCCAUCACGUAGUCCCCUCAAGGAGGCAUCUGCAUGGAGUCCUGCUGCAACAGGCUCCGACAGAGGUGGGUUUUUAAUAUCAAAGAUUACGUGAAAAGAUGGUAGAGUAUGAGGCAAAAAUACGAUGGCAAUUUCUCCGAGAACAACAUGCCAGUAUGUUGAAAUCUGCAAAAGUGUUCUCAGUGUUUACAGAGGUUUAGUUUUAAUGCCUGAAUCUUGCAGUUAUAAGUAGGUUGCUUAUAAAUAUAUAGGCUUCUACUGUUUGUGUUAAAGUGACAUUAUUUUAUUUUUUCUCCACAUGUGCUUCUGUUUGCUCCUUCAUUACGUCUUCCUCUUUCAAUAUCAUUUUUACCUGAAUACAUUUUUACCAUUAAUAAAGGAAGUAACCCAUGGUAACUGCAUGUAUUGUUAUGUUUUCAGGUAUUUUACCUCGGCAUCAGAAACCCAGUCUGUGCACAUGGAUAAAAUAUGCAUUGUAAACAACAUAAAUAAAAAAUAAAGGACUCUUCUUAACUUUAAA